UCUCUCUCUCUCGUGCAGAUGAUGAUACAGCCACUCGUUUCAUUCUACUAUCUUAAAAUCCUAAAAUCAUCACGUUCAAGUUGUAUUCAUGUCCAAAAUCUAUUGACUUGACUGGCAUGAUUACAUUGCUCAACAACUCGUUAAAUUACUUACACCCACCAGCACCAACACUUUCAAUUGUCAGUUCUUCUACUGCUCCUUUAAUCUUGAGAGUUGCCUUCAUUGGAAGAAAGACAGUCUUCAAUCUGUCUGCCUUGUCAUUGCCCCAACUACAACUUUGUCAUCGUCAUUGUUCUCAUAAUUACAAUAAACUGAGACGUUGUCAUAAUAAACGUCACGAAAACAGAGUUAGUAUUCAUACAGCUUCACGACCAGGAGCAGAUACGACGACCAAGAAAAGUGAAAGGGUUAAUCGUUUCUUGCAAAAUUUUGACAGAAAUUCGAUGGCUUCUGCGAACAAUAAUUUGGAGAAAAAUGGAAAUUGUGAAGAAAGUACGGAUAAUAUUUGUCUAAAUAAGGGCGUUGGUGGGCAAGAUGGGAUGGACAGAUUCUACUUUCUCAUUGAUAUUGGUGCUAAUUUGACGAAUAAAAAGUUUUCCAGGGAUGUCGACUCUGUAGUCCAGAGGGCAAAGGAGGCCGGAGUCCUCAAAAUAAUGGUCACUGGAACCAAUAUUUUAGUCAGCAAAGAAGCUUUAAGACUGACAAGACUGUUUCCGGAUACGCUUUUUGCCACGGCAGGAAUUCAUCCCCACGACGCCAAAACUUUUGAUGAAACAUCUAUCCAAGAAAUUGAAUCCUUGUGCUCAAAUCCUGAAGUUGUUGCAUUGGGAGAAAUCGGACUUGAUUUUAAUCGCAACUUUUCACCACCUGAAGUGCAACUAGAAGUAUUUGAGAAACAGGUUCAACUCGCGUGCAGAAUAAAAAUGCCCGUAUUUCUACAUGAGAGGGAUGCACAUGAAGAGAUGAUAAACGUCUUGAUGAAAUAUCAGGACAAAUUACCUCCAUCUGUGCUUCAUUGUUUCACGGGGACUGUAAGUCAGGCCAAGGCCUAUGUCGACCUGGGACUAUACAUUGGUCUCACUGGUUAUGUGUGGAAAGACAAAUCAGAAGACGGCGUCAGGAAAAUGUUAAUGGACAAUGUAAUUCCCUUGGACCGUCUUCUAAUUGAAACAGACUGUCCAUUUAUGUAUCCAAAUUUCCGAUCUGCAAAAUUGACACCGGAAAUGAAACAAGUUUUGACUCAAAGAUCGCUAAAUUAUUUAAAUCGCAAUUGUACAUUUCAACGGAAUGAGCCUUGCUCUCUUCCUGCCACACUCGAAAUGAUAUCGGCACUUAUGAAGAAAAAUCCAGAAGAAGUCGCAAUGGCCACGACGUACAAUGCUGUCAAGAUAUUUGGGUUAUCAUCUUAGAAGAUUUUAUCAUGAUAAUGACAAUACUCGUGCAUUUUGUUUCUCUGUUUAAUGUGAUCAAGUAUUUGAUGUCUCCUCAUAAAUUAUUAUAAAUUUUAUAGAAAGAUCACCUUUCAUUUGUAGCCGUGCUUUUGAUUUGUCACGCUUAGUUUAGAGCUUGCCAAGUUGGCAUCAUAAGUAUUAAAUAGUCGUAUCGAUAAUUCUGAAAUUGAUAAGCAAUUUUACUGUUAACUAAUUAUUUUUAGAUCUGUGUGAUAACAAAUGCCACAUUGUCAUUAGAACGAGCAUACAUAAAUGAGCAGAUGCUUAUCAAAUUGUAUCAAUAUUAUUAAAGUAAAGAGUGGGGAAGAUACUCACUCACUAUUUUGAUUAGACAGUCAUAUUUAGUAGGGGAAAUAUUUUGUAGAUUUAGUAAAUGCGUUAUUUAUACAAGAUUUGAACUAGAUUAAGGUUUAUAUACUUAUAAAUUUUGAUCUUAACAACAGAUAUUAAAUAAGUACUUCUUCUACAUAGCUCAUUACACGAAUUCUACAACGACAGCGACUCAUAUAACCGAUUUCUACAUUUAAGUACGAUUCGAAAACAUGUUAUUUAAUAAGAACGAAAAUAUUUAGGUGUCCAACAUGUAUUUUAUAACUUUUACAUACAACGAUGGACGAAAUAAAAGAAAUACACAAAAUUGAGAA